AUGAUAUCUCCACUUGUAUUAAUAUUGACAGUCAUCGUCGUGCUCGUUUCGGGCCCAGACCCUGUCAUCGGCCAGAUCACCUCGGGUCUGCAGAGUAUCUUGAAGAACACACAUCUUAGCAGGGACUAUGGCUAUCCAACCGAUAUUACCAGGGAUCUACUACCAAUCCCGGUUCACUCCCAUAAUGACUAUUGGCGAGAGAGGCCUUUCUACACCGGAUUAUCCAAGGGUUGCACUUCAACCGAAGCUGACGUCUGGCUAUACAAUGGAACCCUAUAUAAGGUCGGACAUGAUCAAUCUGCUUUGACUCAUGAGCGGACACUCGAAUCCCUCUACAUCAACCCGAUUCUAGACAUCCUAGAACGUCAAAACCCAAAGAGCCCAUUUGUCACCUCGCCUACGAGAAAUGGCGUUUGGGACACAACACCCGACCAGACACUUUACUUCUUCAUCGACGUCAAAACAUCGGGUCAUGAUACUUUCCAAGCCGUCAUCGAAGCUUUGGAACCUUUGCGGGAGAGAGGCUAUCUUACUACACUGGAGGGUGGUAAGAAUUUGAUCAACGGACCCGUCACUGUCAUCGGUACUGGCGAUACCCCGUUAGAUAUGGUUGCCUCUGUUGCGGACCGUGACUACUUCUUUGACGCACCUCUGGCACAUCUCAAUGAUCCCAAGUACUCCGAUAUCACCGGCUUGGUUUCUCCCAUCGCGUCUACAAAUUUCGCAGAGGCUGUUGGCAAGAUCACUAGGGAUACAGAUCCGAUCCUGGACGAGGAUCAGCUCAAGGCCCUUCGGGAUCAGAUUGCGACUGCGAACAAGCGGGGUAUUGGCGCGAGGUAUUGGAAUACACCUUCCUGGCCGGUUCGCCAGCGGAAUCUUGUUUGGCGAACACUCCUGCGUGAGGGGGUGACCCUACUGAAUGCCGAUGACCUCGAUGCUGUUGUUGCGCAAUUUUAG